UCACAGUCACAAAACCGGAGCAUGGAGCGGAGGGACGGCAAAGUUGAAUACGCUGCGAGCCAGGAGCACAAACUCCUGUUUGAAGAUGACCCAAGGGCCGAACCUCGUCCUCGAGUGGCUGUCUAAGCUCCAUCUGGCCCAGUAUGUGGAGUCAUUCAUUGACAAUGGCUAUGAUGACUUGGAAGUUUGUAAACAGAUUGGGGAGCCAGACCUCGACGCCAUAGGUGUCAGCAUUAAGUACCACAGACACAGGCUGCUCACAGCAGUGCACAAGCUAAAAGAUGAGGAUGAAAGGAAAUCACCUGGCUACUACUUCACCUUAGAGCCUCUGGUUCCUUCUGCUUCCAACCACUCUGCACACUCAAACAGUGAAGAUGAAUUCAGGACCACAGGGAGACACGAGGCCUCCUGUCCUGGAAACCAUAACCUGAGAUUCACAGAUUGUAAUGACUUUGUGACUUAUCCCAAACUGAAGCUCAAGGUACUGUUGAGGGAUAAACUUGCAAAAGAUGGAAUCAACCUGGGAGAAGCACCUUACACCCAUAAGGAUGGCUCGGUGGGGAACCUUGAUGACCUGGCUCAGGAGUAUUCUCAGUAUUACGGAACCUCCCUCAGUGACGUGUGUGAAAGGAUGGAGGAGCUACGGAAACGUAAAGUAGUGCAAGAUGCAGAGAUGGGAACAGUUGACUCAGUGGCCACAUCACUGCAGCUCCGCUCUCAGAUCCAGGAAUCCCUUGGACUCAGCAGUACCACGUCCACCCCAGAGACUGAGAGAAGGUUUCCUGUGCACAAAUCUAGCUCUGAUGAUGGAUCAGGAGGAAAAUGGGAUGGAAAGAGAAAGAGCAAGUCUAUUUGGCAGAGUUUUCGAAAGUCACAGAAAGGAGUGUUGCGUCAGAUUUCGAAAGGUGAUGACGUUGGUUUUGUGGCCAGUGAAAUCACCAUGAGUGACGAAGAGCGUAUCCAGCUGAUGAUGAUGGUGAAGGAGAAUAUGAUCUCUAUAGAGGAAGCCCUGGCACGGUUGAAGGAGUUUGAAGUACAAAACAGACAGACGUGCAGGUCCGAUCCCACAGAGUGGACCGAUCCCUCCAGUCCCACCACAAAUGAGUCAUUCAACUGCAACCUGCCUUGUGACCUGUCAGACAACGAACAAGAGGAAUCUGUGACAUUCAGGAGACUCCAUAAACUGGUCAAUUCAACCCGGAAGGUGAAGAAGAAACUGAUCAGAAUUGACGAGUUGAAGAGGCCUGGAACAGAUGAGAGCCUUAUGACAGAUGGUCCUCCUUUUGAAGAUGCCAGCACCUCCCUGUACUCAGGUGUGCAGAAGAAACUUGCCAUUUGCCCCGUGGACUCCCUGGCUUCGGCUCUGCAGGAACAGCUCACAUACGACAGGGACUCCAAUAGCCUGACCACCUCCCCCUCCUCCAGCAGCCUGGACACCUGCAGCAGCCAGAAGAUCUUCCGGGCCUUCAGCAAGUCUAGUGGAAGCCCGAUUCAUCAGGAGACGAGUGUAGCGGGGGAGGUGAGGGAGGCAGGUGAAGGCAGUGGCUCUUCCUUUUCUGAGAUGGAGGGUUGCAAUGAUGAGGAUCCCAAAAUCGCUCGCUCAGUGACUGAUGGAGAGCUCCGUCACCGGUUCCUCAGCCCGCUCAGUCAUCAUGGGAGAGCUUGUAGCUUUGGAGGAUUUGACCUGACCAACCGCUCACUGCACGCCUUCAUCUCUAACAACGAUAACCCUAGUAACGACGGAGAUGGUGUCAGAGAUCCCAUUAAAUCUCCAUCAACAUCUCGUAUCUCCCUGGGCAAAAAAGUCAAGUCUGUGAGAGAAACUAUGAGAAAACACAUAUCCAAGAGAUACCACUGUUCUCUCUCUGAACAGUUAAGCCCAGAACGCAUAUCCAGCUGCCCUAACUCGCCUCAGACAGACUCUGACUCUUUGGAGAAACCCAAACUGAAGCCAGGAGGGUCUGUGGAAAGCCUGAGGAGUUCCCUCAGUGGACAGAGUUCCAUGAGUGGUCAGACUGUGGGCACCACUGACUCCUCCAACAGCAACAGAGAGAGUGUGAAGUCUGAGGACGGGGAGGAGGAUGAGCUGCCCUACCGCGGACCCUUCUGUGGACGUGCUCUAGUUCACACGGACUUCACCCCCAGUCCCUACGACACAGACUCCCUCAAACUUAAGAGUGGAGACGUCAUCGAUGUGAUUAGUAAGCCUCCGAUGGGUACAUGGAUGGGGAUGCUCAACGGUAAAGUCGGAACCUUCAAGUUCAUUUAUGUGGAUGUCCUGAAUGAAGAGGAGGUGAAGCCCAAAAAGACGCGCAGGAGGAGGAAGGUCCGGCAACCCAAACCCACCUCUGUAGAGGAGCUCCUUGAUCGCAUCAACCUCAAAGAGCAUCUCCCCACCUUCCUUUUUAACGGCUAUGAGGAUCUGGACACAUUCAAACUGCUAGAGGAGGAGGACCUGGACGAGCUGAACAUCAGAGACCCCCAGCACAGAGCUGUGCUGCUCACCGCUGUGGAGCUGCUGCAGGAGUAUGAUGGAAGCAGCGACCCGGAGCGAGGCAGUCAGUCUGGAGGCUCACAGGAGAAGCUGCUCCUGGACAGGCGUGGACUCGCGGGAGACUCCCCGCGAGACUCCGGCUGCUACGAGAGUUCCGAGAACCUGGAGAACGGAAGGGAAAAAAAGACCUCUUCAUCCAUGAGCAGGUCCUCCUCCGGUUUUGAGUCAAGCCACCUACCGUCCCCAGAGUACCCUGCCCUCCCCCAAACCCUGACCAUCAGCUCUAAUAAGACUUCACUCCAAAGUCAACCUGGAUGCCUGCCAUGUAUCUCACCACCACUAAGGCCUAAGCACAGCUUAAGUCUCCGAAGCCCAGCAAAAGGUCAUCUUCCCAGUGGAACCAUUGCUAGGAGCCGGAGCUGCAUGGAGCUAAGAAGAAACCCAGCACCAGAUCUGCUGAGGCGGAGCUUCUCCCUGACUGUCGUCCACAAAGAGCAGGAGAGAAAACUCAUCGACCCUAAAAGCUGGAAUUUAACCCCUAGCGUCAAGAUAAAGACAAAUCCUCAAAACCGUUGUGAGGUCAUGUUUCCGUCCACCCAAUCUUCAACCGCAUCAUUUAAUGCUGUCCGCAGCACUUUCAACACAGACACUGCAAAUGUGUUUGCCCCGAAACAAGCAGAAACGACACAAAUCACACACCUCUGCCCGCCACCCCCAGUCCCAGCAGAAAGGUCAAAUCAUCCUUUAUCUACACCUUCCUUACCAAAGCCCCACCCGGAGCCUGUACUAACAGAGACUGCCUGCAUGUACAACUGCACAAACCACAUCUCGUCAGAGGAUCAUACGGGUCGUUCAGUUUCAGCCAAUUCUGAAGCCCGCCGGCUGAAAAUGCAAAGAAACAAGAAGACAUCCAUAAACUCCGUAAAUCUGGGUUCCCCGAUAAAAGAAAAGACACCAGAUGCAGGGUAUUGAUCUCAAAAUGGAGCCACUUUCUGACAAGGUAAUGGACUCAAAAGUACAGUUUACCAUACAGUUUUUUUUUUCAAACUCUUAUUUCCAACAAAAUGUCUGGAAUAUUCCAGUCGGAUCUAGUUUGUAGAGUAGACUGCAACUGGGUCCAACAGUGACACGAGCAGCAUCGACCGGCCGUUCAUUUUGCAUCAAACAAAGCCUUUGUUAAUAAAUGAUUCAUUGCUUGACUUACUGUAACUCAACAUUUUCAAACUGUUUUAAGUGUAUAUUAGUUGGAUGGACUGUAUAUAUACUUUGUGGGGGGAAAAAAGUUGAUAUCCAUGUAAUUCAGCUGCAAGUAGUGAUAGCAAUUAAUGAAGCACUUGAAAAUACUAGAUAUAAUGUAAUAUAUACGGUUGAUACAGUAAACUAUUGGCAGUUUUAAUGCACAGAGGUAUAAUUUACACAGUGAUGAAAGAAAGUUUAGCAAUUUAUCGGUUGAACAAUUGCAUUCCACCCAGCAUUUGUCUUAGAUGUUAACAUGAUGUUAACAUUUUCCUAUUCAUUAAUUUAACUUUUCAGCUAUGUUACUUUUAUACACAAUUUUUUCUUACUUAUAUUUGACUGAGCAACUGCAACUUAACAAUUUCCCUGAACAAAUCAAUAAAGUAUUCUGAUUAUGA